CUUAUGAAUCACAAAUAGACUUGAAUAAUGAUAUAGAGGUAAAAAUAGAGCCAGGUGUGGAAACGGAAGAUAAAUCAUUUAAUGAUUUGGACUUGCAGGCAGAAAAUGACUCUGAUGAUAUAUUAUCUCCAACAAAAAUUGAAACAUAUCGUAAGAUAUACAUGAAAGAACCGAUAGAAAAUGAAGAAGAUGAGACCGAAACAAACAAAAAAAAGCUCAAAAAAGAUCUAGAUAUUCAAGAUGAUCAGUCGUAUCUUCAUAAGCUUAUUACUAUGAAAUGUUGUAAAGCAAAUUGUUUUAAUACUAAG